AGUAUCAGUCGUUGAACCAAACGCGCUACUGCUCCUCGCCUUUCAGUGUCCGGACCACGUCGUCUCGUACCAUUCAGUCAUUCAUUCAUUCAUCAUUGACUUCUUCCCUUUUGACCCAGAGAUCCCUCAUCAUGUCUAAAGGCACUGUGGUUCUGGCCUACAGCGGUGGACUGGACACGUCCUGUAUUCUGGUGUGGCUCAAGGAGCAGGGCUAUGACGUCAUCACAUAUUUGGCUAAUAUUGGACAAGAUGAAGAUUUUGAAGCUGCGCGGAAGAAAGCAGAAAGCCUCGGCGCAAAGAAGGUUUUCAUUGAGGACCUGCGCAGCGACUUUGUGGAAGACUUCAUCUGGCCGUCGGUUCAGGCCAACGCCGUGUACGAGGACCGGUACCUUCUGGGCACGGCCAUAGCGAGGCCCUGCAUCGCCCGUCGUCAGGUCGAGAUCGCACGCAAGGAGGGGGCUCAGUUUGUGUCCCACGGGGCCACCGGCAAGGGAAAUGACCAGAUACGCUUUGAGCUCACGUGCUACGCUCUGUACCCAGAGGUCAAGAUCAUUGCACCGUGGAGGAUCCCUGAAUUUUACACUCGCUUCAGGGGGAGAACAGACCUGAUGGAGUACGCACAGAAACAUGGCAUCCCAGUGCCGGUCACUCCUCGGGCCCCCUGGAGCAUGGACGCCAAUCUCAUGCAUAUCAGCUAUGAAUCAGGCAUUUUGGAGAAUCCCAAGAGCCAUGCUCCAGCCGACCUCUACCUGAUGACCAAAAACCCAGAGGAUUCUCCAAAUGUCCCCGAUGUUCUGGAGAUAGAGUUUAAAAACGGAGUUCCUGUCAGGGUGAUGCAUGUGAAGGAAGGGAAAUCCAAAGAAACGCCGCUGGAUAUUUUCUCAUACCUCAAUGAGAUAGGAGGAAAACACGGAGUGGGCCGCAUUGAUAUCGUAGAGAAUCGUUUCAUCGGCAUGAAGUCACGAGGGAUAUACGAAACUCCUGGAGGCACGCUCUUGCUUAAAGCCCAUCUGGACAUCGAGACGUUUACCAUGGACAAAGAGGUCCGACGGAUCAAACAGGGACUCGGCAUCAAGUUCUCAGAACUUGUCUACAAUGGCUUCUGGUACAGUCCAGAAUGUGACUUUGUGCGACACUGCAUAGCCAAGUCUCAGGAAAACGUUGAGGGCAAGGUCCAGCUGUCUGUCUUCAAGGGUCAGGUUUACGUCCUGGGACGAGAGUCGCCCAAGUCGCUGUACAACGAGGAGUUGGUCAGCAUGGAUGUGCAAGGAGACUACGACCCUUGUGACGCCUCUGGAUUCAUAAGGAUUAAUGCUGUCAGGCUAAGAGAGCAUCAUCGUUUGCAGGGAUCCUCUGGCAACAAACAGUAACUGUUGCCGUCCCGUGAACCAUCUUCCUUCCUUCUUCCAUGUUGCCACUGUGUCUUAAACUCUUAAUAGGUUUAGACUUUGUUCCUCCGUUGUCGGCCUCUUGCCUUAUUAUCUUGUGUAGUGGUAUCAGCCAGUAAGCACAAUAGCCUCUUAUCGUCGAAGCUUUUUCUCAGGUGGUCAAGUGUUUAGAAAAACCUGUCUGAAUUAGAUCAAAAAUAUAUUCUAAUGCGUGCUAAACAUGACGUUUGAUAAAAUUCUUAGUAUUUUAGCUACCGAGUUUGUUUCCUUCUUCUUAAUACUUGCGUUUCUGGUCAGAGGUUUAGCUUUGUAACUAAAACCAUUAGCAUAACUAUCAAAACAGUUUUGAUUGGUAAUUUGAGCUGUUCUGUGAAGUAAUAAUAAAAUACAUGGCUUUAAUCGUUUGAGCAGCAAGA